AGAGCGACAGGUGAAGGACAAGAGGAGGGAGGGAGGUUCGUCAAAUGCCCUCUUCUUCUUUUCUUGGCUCCCUCCGGACUCUUUACCUUAUGGGAAAGCGUUAGGCAGCAGCUGAACUGUUCCUUUGACCUCACAUUCAGAACAUUACGGCAACAAACUGUCAUUCAAAAGGCUCUGAAAGCCUCUGAAGAACGUUUGGCGACGUGCUGCUGUCGACUGGAAGGACUCUCUGCCCUCCUCUUGUUGUCGUCAAAGCCAGGCUUCCCUACUCUGAAGAAACUUCCACUCACGAAACUAAACUAUCAAGUUACCAUAGAGGAGAUAUUAGUGGUGGAGGUUGUUGGGGGUUAAUGUGACAAGGGGCAGCUGUUGCUCCCUAAACCCCCACUCAUCUUCCCAGGCAGAGAUGGGGUAACUGGGACCUGAUGAGACAAUGGUGGUCACCCAUCUGGAGCUGGAGCUGUGCUACCAGGGGAAGAAGCUGAGGGGCUUCACCUGUAAGCUGACCCGCUCCCCCCAUGGCUACCUGCCUGAGAGUGCCUGGCUCAUCACAGCCCAGAUCCUACUGCCCUUCCUGGUGGCUGGCCUGGGCAUGGUGGCGGCGGGCAUAGUCAUGGACGUGGUGCAACACUGGGAGGUGUUUAAGGAGAUCACAGAGGUGUUUAUCUUGGUGCCAGCCCUGGUGGGACUGAAAGGCAACCUAGAGAUGACACUGGCAUCCAGACUGUCUACAGCAGCUAACACUGGGCAGAUGGAUGACCCAAAGCAGCAGUGGAGGAUGGUGUGUAGCAACUUGGCUCUCAUUCAGGUCCAGGCCACAGUGGUGGGUUUCCUGGCUGCAGUAGCUGCAGUGGGGUUGGGCGCGUUGACCAGGGGUCAUGUAGACUUGCUACAGGCUGCUGUCCUAUGUGGCAGUAGUGUCACCACAGCCUUUGUAGCUGCCCUGUCCUUGGGACUAGUGAUGGUGGGAGUGAUCAUUGGCUCCAGGAAGGUGGGCAUCAACCCUGACAAUGUGGCCACACCCAUCGCUGCCAGCUUGGGUGACCUCAUCACCCUCUCUCUGCUGGCCGGGGUCAGCAGCUUCCUCUUCAGGUUCAAAGAGAUGUGGUACCUGCCUGUGCUGGUGUGUGGCUUCUUCCUGGUUCUCAUCCCGCUGUGGGUGGUCAUUGCCCGGCGCUCUCCUCCAAUUAGAGAGGUCCUGAGGUCUGGGUGGCAGCCCGUCAUCGUGGCCAUGUCCAUCAGCAGUAUCGGAGGCCUUAUACUGGACAAGACCGUGAGCGACCCGAACUUUGAGGGCAUGGCGGUAUUCACCCCAGUAAUCAACGGUGUGGGAGGUAACUUGGUGGCCAUCCAGGCCAGCCGCAUCUCCACUUACCUCCACUACUGGAGCAUGCCUGGGACCCUGCCCUCCAAGAUGGCACAACACUGGCCUGGCCCCUGCCUGACCUUCUGCUCCUCAGGGGUCAACUCCAAGUCAGCCAGGGUUCUGAUCUUCCUGGUGGUUCCGGGUCACCUGAUCUUCCUCUACACCAUCCACUUACUGAAGGGUGGCCAUGGCGCCCUCACGCCUGCCUUCAUCUGCCUUUACCUGUGUGCAGCCCUGCUACAGGUGGUGAUUCUGCUGUACACGGCUGACCUGAUGGUGCGCUGGAUGUGGCGGCGCGGGAUGGACCCGGACAACUACUCUAUCCCGUACCUCACGGCUCUGGGGGACCUGUUGGGGACCGGCUUCCUGGCCCUGACAUUCAGAGCCGUUCUAUUGGGCAUUUCCUCUGGGAUGAAGGGGGUUUGAGAGAAGGAAGGCGCUAAUCCAUCAGCCUAUUUCUAUCCUACAUGGUCUCAUUGAAUAUAUUAAAAUAGUGACAUUUAGCUAUUGUAGUUAUAUGUCACUUAUGCUGACGUAUUAUAUGUGGUUCUGUUCAUCCAUAAGCAACUCUGUUCAGGUCAUAUUUUUUAUUUCACCUUUAUUUAACCAGGUAAGCCAGUUGAGAACAAGUUCUCAUUUAC